UGCUUUUAUGCUUUGUUUUCGAGUUUUUAUAGCUGAUUCUAUAAUGAAAAUGAAUCACUGGUUCAGUUCUUAUUUAUGUGUUCCGUUCAUUUGAGAUUCUACUGGAUACGAAAUGCAGUGAUAUGCUGAAAUUCAUGUAAUUCAAUAAAAGAAUUUAAGUAGUGUAUUUUUUGUCUCAUCGAAAUGAAUGCUUCGGAUUCUAUUAUUCUAUUUUGAAAAAAGAGAUAAGGAGGAUAGUUUUGUUUUAUUGAGUGAUGUGAUUGUUUUUGGCUACUACCCUUAUAUAAUUAUUAGUAAUUCAGAAAACAGUAUAUUAAAGGACCUGAAAAAUUAUUCACUUUUAGAAAGGUUUGUUGCGGACAUUUUUUUAUUCAGUAGUAUGCCAAUUGAAUUUUUCUCUGAAAGAUGAUGACAAAAUAGCCAUUAUUUUAAACUGCUUUCACCGUUUUAUAAUCAAUUUUCACUUGUCUAUGGAAGAUCUUGACUAAAUAGUCAUUCUCUAUUAUAUACAGUAAUGAAGAGUUCAAAAUUGAAGAAAUGGGCUGUUGGAUUUGCAGUUGGAAAUGAAGGAAAGGCAACGUUGGAAGGCCGAAGAGGAUGCGUUGUUAUGUGCUUAUGUGAGAGAGUAUGGUCCUAGGGAAUGGAAUCUUGUGUCUCAUCGCAUGAACACAUCUCUCAACAGGGAUGCAAAGUCAUGCUUGGAAAGGUGGAAGAACUACCUCGAGCCUGGCAUCAAAAAGGGGUCUCUAACCGAGGAAGAGCAGCGCCUUGUAAUCCGGCUUCAAGCGAAACACGGCAACAAAUGGAAGAAAAUUGCUGCAGAAGUUCCUGGUAGAACUGCCAAGAGGUUAGGGAAGUGGUGGGAAGUGUUCAAAGAGAAGCAACAGAGGGAGAAACAAGAGAUUAACCAAGCAAUUGGCCCAGUUGACAAUACCAAAUAUGAUCAUAUUCUUGAGACUUUUGCUGAGAAGCUAGUGAAAGAACACCCUUCACAAUCAUCAUACCUUAUGGCUGCUUCUACUGGACCCUUUAUCCACACUGAUGCACCUGCAACUGCUUCUGCAUCUGCAUCUGCAUCUGCAUCAGCAGCAGCAUUCCUUCCUCUUUGGCUUUCAAAUUCUAGCACCACCAAUCCCUCACCAGCAAUUAGGCCACCUUCCCCUUCUGUUACCCUUAGUCUCUCCCCCUCAAUAGCACCUCCUCCCCCUUGGUUGAAUGUAACAACACCUCAUGGUGAUAACAUAGUAGUGUUAGAGUUAAUAGAGUGCUGUAAGGAGUUGGAAGAAGGACAUCAUGCUAUGGUGGCGCAUAGGAAGGAGGCGGCGUGGCUGUUGAGAAGGGUGAAGCAGCAGUUGGAGGCAGAGAAGGCAGGCAGAAGGAGGGAAAAGAUGGAGGAAAUUGAAGCAAAGAUUAAGGCUCUAGGGGAAGAACAGAAUGCUGCUUUGGACAGGAUUGAAACAGAAUAUAAAGAACAGAUAGCAGGAUUGAGGAGAGAUGCAGAAAGCAAGGAGCAGAAGUUGGUUGAGGAAUGGAAUGCAAAGCACAUGAGGGUAGUGAAGUGUAUGGAACGACAAGUAGGAGGCAGAAUACCCCGAAUUGAUGAGCCUAAUGGAAGAUAAAUAAAAGGCAUUAUUCAGAAUCCUGCUCUUUGUGUAGUUUGGAUUUUGUAGUCCAACUAUCUAUGUGUAUUGAUGUACAUGUGGAAUCUUGCACGAGGUGCAACCAUCUUCAUGAAUUGAACUCUGGCUGUGUUCUAAUUUUUGCUGCAAACUGUGUUGCAUCUCAAUGAAGGAACGAUGCGUUGUUCCCUAAGAAAUUGCCUCUCA